GCAAUAAAACGACUCCGACGGAAGUGGAAGGUACCGUCUCAGUUCGGCUCUCGUCGUCCCUCGUGUUGGCUUUGAUCGGUCUAGUUGAUACUCGUUGCUAAUGUUGGUCACAGAUUCCGAGCAGACGCAAGUUUCCGAGAUAAUGGAAAAAAACUCCAGCGAUUACGUAAAAACCACCGAAGCUGAUGUGCCAGUGACGCAGGCGCCGGAGACGAAGGUCUACAAGAGACGAUGGCUCGUCCUCAUCAUCUUCGUGCUGUACAGCGCGAGCAACGCGAUGCAGUGGAUCCAGUACAGUAUUAUAGCGAACAUUGUGAUGCGCUACUACAACGUCACGAGCUUCCUAGUAAACAUGACGAGCAUGAUAUACAUGAUAACGUACAUACCGCUGGUAUUCCCCGCUAGCUACCUGCUCGAGAAAUUCGGCCUCAGGUACGCCGUGAUCUUCGGGGCGCUCGGGACGGCCCUCGGCUCCUGGAUAAAGGUGUUCAGCGUGGCGAACGACCGCUUCUGGAUCACGUUCCUUGGCCAAAGUUUGGUGGCGGUCAGCCAGACCUUCAUCUUGUCCGUUCCAGCGCGCCUGGCCGCGGUGUGGUUCGGACCCGACCAAGUCAGCAGCGCCUGCAGCAUCGGCGUCUUCGGCAACCAGCUCGGCAUAGCCAUCGGUUUCCUGUUCCCGCCGAUGUUGGUGGAGAACAGCAGCAACGUCUGCAUCAUCGAGAAGGGCUUGCGGCUUAUGUACUACAUCUUCGCGAUUUGCACGACGGUCAUUCUGCUCCUCAUAUUGCUCUUCUUCAAGUCGGAACCGCCAUUGCCACCCAGCCCUGCGCAAGCUGUGCAGAAGAGAGAGAACAAAGAGAGCAACGAGAAGUUUUCUCACUCCAUCAAGAAGCUGUUCACCAAUAUCAGCUACUUGUUGCUUCUGUUCAGCUACAGCAUCAACAUCGGCAUCUUUUACGCCAUCAGUACCCUGCUGAAUCAGAUUGUUCUCCAGCACUUCCCGGGACACGAGCAAGACGCCGGCCGAAUCGGCCUGACCAUAAUUUGCGCCGGGAUGCUGGGCUCCGUUGUGUGCGGAGUCUUAUUGGACAAAACGCACAAAUUCAAGGAGACGACGAUUGGGCUCUACACGCUCUCCCUCGUGGGGAUGGUAAUCUUCACUUUUACACUGAACGUCCGCAGCAUAUACGUCAUCUACCUCACGGCUGGCAUCUUGGGCUUCUUCAUGACCGGCUACUUACCGGUGGGCUUCGAGUUCGCCGUGGAGCUCACCUACCCGGAGCCGGAAGGCACCGCCGCCGGCGUGCUGAACGCGGCGGUGCAGAUAUUCGGUAUCACCUUCACGAUGCUGUACGGCUACCUGUUCAAUAUAUGGGGCGACUUCUGGGCGAACGUCGCACUGUGCGUGACCCUCGGGUUCGGCACGCUCAUCACCAUCGUGAUCCCAAAUAACCUGAGACGCCAGAACGCGAAGGCCUGACCCUCAUCCGGCUCAGCGUAAUCCAGCACCGCGGUUCAACCGAACUUAACUUACCCCUCAAGCGUCUGUGCAUCGCGCGUGUGCUACAAGUAGCGCUGUUCUUCAUGGCCACGCUGUGCGUUUGCGACAAGAGCAGAUGAGGAAGCUCGUCGGUGGGUGAACCGUUCCUCUCGACCUUGUUGUUGCUGCUGUUGUUGUUGUUGUUAGCUGAUCCUCUUGACCUCAGGUGAGCGGUAGUAAGUAGGCGGCGUUAGGCAGCGACGAGUUUUGAUCCGACGAAAAGAAGGGUGCGCCGGGAGAGCGAGCUCAAAACCCGCACAGAUAAUGUUCGCGGGGAGUCGGCGAGAAUUGUCGUGUUACGUAUUACUAAGUUACGAAUUCGGCAGAGCUCCUGGAGCUCAAUCGUGUGCCGUGAAACGGCGAAGGUGGAAAUUAUGAGUAAGUAAAUUUACUAAAAAAAAAAAAAAAUUCGGCGAGAGAAGUAAAUAUUUCGGUAAAUUCACUCACUUUUGUCAUUUCCAAGUUGAUCCUCUAGCGCCUCGCCGCAAUCGUCUUGACUGACGACGCCGAAAACGAAGAGUGCGUUCAACGUUCUUGCGAGACGCUUUAAGGUCCUAAAGUAUGUCCACACGAAAUGACGCGAUCGGUCGAGCGGAUCUGGAAGUCCCGGAGACUCUCCUUUUGCUCUUCUAAUAAUGAGUUUGAUACGUGGUCUACUUUGUAACUGCAAGUUGACUUUAAGCUACUCUACGUUUACUUACACUGCGGUUAUUUAUUGAUUAUCAGGACAAAAGAGAAGCAUUUCGGGGGAUAUUUAACGAGUCUGCUCGAUCGACCGCGAAUUUUGUAGGCAAAUUUGUUUGGUUUGAAUGUAUUUCGCAAGAAUUUCCAGCGCGUUUUUUCGCUUCUGACGUCAUCAGUCCGCACCGCAGCUUCACCGUUUUCCUUCUGUUUCUCCCCGUUUCGAUCAAUCGACUUUAUUCCUCGUGAAAGACAAUCUCGAACUAAAUUCGACAAGAAA